AUGGUUCUUGUCAUACCGUCUUCCUUGAAUAUCGUUGAGAAUCUGGGUGAAUUUGUGGCCAAUACGUUAGAAUCUUAUGCUAUAGUGUUUUUUCUUGAACAUGCCCGUGUUGCAAGCAAUGGUGUGGGUAGAAUCAACAACGAAGACCUCUUAUUCAAGUUGGCUUCGUCAACCUCUCCUCUGGCCAUUAUAAGGCGUGAGAAUCUGUCGGAAAUUGAUAAAUCAGAAGUGAAACGCCUCGAGAAAAUUGGUGAAGUACUGAAAGAGUGGCGACGAAGGCGAUGCUAUGGUAUGACAAGGGUGCUUCCUCGACUAUACGUCGGAAAUUUGGGUGAUGCUACGGACGCGGAUCAGCUGAUUGCUAACAAAAUAACAGACGUUCUUUCUGUGCACAGUUUAUCACAUCCGAAUGUUGCGUUGGAAUCGCUGAAUGUGCUGCAUUUACGUAUAUCCGAUUUGCCUGAAGUGAACAUCGCCGAUCACUUUUCUGAAGCGAUCUCAUUCAUACACAAAGCACGAGUCAGCAAUCGUUCAGUAUUGGUGCAUUGUUUAGCGGGUGCGAGUCGAAGCGUGUGCAUUGUGGCUGCUUACGUUUUAACGGUGACCAAUUUGAACUAUGCAACGACACUGUCAUAUCUUGCCAAUAUAAGACCAUGUGCUAAUCCAAAUUUUGGUUUCCGUAUGCAGCUCAUCAAAUACACACAAAAUAAAAUGUUCAUUGAACGAAGUCGCUUACAAACCGUUUUCGGUGAAGAUUGUUUCCGGAUGCAGCAGACUGAAGAUGAAGAUGAUCUGAAGAAGAGUGCAUUGUUCACAGCGUCAACGCCAGUUCAUCAAGAACAUUCACAUAAACCCUCCACUGCUGACGAAUCUGAAAGUUUCAAUGAAUCGAUCUCGUCAGAUCAUAUUUCAAGUGAACUCCAAACUGUACAGAAUUCACAGUUUUCUACACCAUCUGCUAGAACUUCGAGCCCAGAUUCUCUGUCAUCUUCAACUUUGACUGCAGUCGUUUCAAAACCGUUCGAAUCGGUGGAGUCUUAUAUGCCGAUCGAUGAUUUGGUAUAUAUUGAUCAGUGA